AUGGGAUGUACAACCGAAAGGAAUAGCUCAGGGGAACUGGUAGGUUCAUCAGCGAGGCCAACUGAAGGCUGUGCUGAGGCACAGGUGGAGGAAGCUCUGGCAAUAAGAGAAGCUAUGGUACUAGCGAAACGAAUGGGAUGGAGAAAAGUGGAGCUGGAAUCGGACUGUAAGCUAGUAGUGGACAAAAUCAAUGCAAGGGAGGAGGAAGUCAGCAUAGCCGUAAUUCAGUUGGAUAUUUGGAGGCUGAUGAAAGAAUUUGAUAAAUGUUGUUUUUCCUAUACUAGAAGGAGCAACAACUAUGUAAGUCACUAUUUAGCAAAGUUUGCUAUAACACUGAUUGAUGUAGUUGAAUGGAAGCUUAGCUUCCCAGCGUGGCUGCUUGAGUUAACUCGGGCAGAUUUACAGGAGCAGUUGCUCUGA